CCACUCCGGCCCACCAGGCGGCGCUGCCUGUCUUUGCAUGUGUCUGUUUAGUCCAUGUGACAUUGACAUCAACAGAGGGUGAGAUCUGACUGCAUGUUAUGCUACAAGCUCAUUUUAGUGGUAAGAAAAUUGGUAAAACGUUUAACUGAUGAGCUACAUAGAUGUUCAGUUGAAGGGUUUGGAUUUUUGAAAGUGUGUUAUUCGGUAAAUCAACUUACGGAUGCUUCCUAAGCGAGCUAACGUUAGCAUAGCUUGUGCUAAAGAGAGGUAAGGGUCUAAAGAGGUGACGGACAGCAUUUAAGAUUUAACUGAAGUCCUUUUUGUUUUGCUCCUGCAGCACAAUGAGGCUGACACUCCUCCUGUCCAUGGCAGCCAGGGUUGUCGUGCCUAAAGAUUAUCGUUAUGGCACAAGCAGACCCUGGAUGCCUUCAGCAAAAAGGAUGAAUCCUCCAGGAAAGAAGAGGAGAAAGGUGUUUGUGGAGCCGAUCGAACCCCAAGACUGGUCCGUGUUCAGGGGGGACACUGUAAGUGACUUUAGUAGCACAGGGAACACAAGACAAGAGUAGCUUCCAUAAAAAGAUUUAAGUCUUCUUUUAAAGCUCAUCAAAUCUGAGUAUUAUUCUUAUUAUUCAAAAUUACGAGAUCACGAUGAUACCAACACUUUGACAUGUCAAACCUCUAGUAUUUCCACCUUAUUUGACUCUGACCAUUUUCUAAAAGAAGUAGAAGAUGUAAGUUUAAGUCUCACCUGUCUUUUCCUUUGUUACAGUAAAACUUAACUAUUGUAAAAUAUGUUUAAUAAGAGCUCAAAGGGUAGGGAUAAGGCUCAACUUACUCCGCUCCUAUGCUCAACUUACCCCAAAUGGGUAAGUUGACCAUAGGAGAUCACUUUUUUUGACAUGCUAUAUUAUCAAGACAGUUCUGUUUACACUAAUUCUGUUGGUUUGCAGGGAUGCACAACAACUUGAAAUAUAUGCAGAUACACUAGUUAGAGACAAAACUAUGAUUGACUUGAUGUAGUGAUUAGAAAUAUGAAAAAUGGCUCAUCCUACCCACUCUCCCCUACUUGAAAGAAAAUGACUUUGGUGAAGCCCCAACUGUGCCAGUAAUGGUUGAAGGUAACACAUGUCUGUCACGAUUAUUAUAGAGGGGUUACUCCUUGUAAAACUUGACUUUUUGGGCCUAAAGGGGACAGUAUUUCCCUACAACCAGUUAUUUUUCAGUUGUGUUUUUUAAUGUCUUUUUUUUUUCAGGUUGAGAUUCUCGCAGGGAAGGACAAAGGAAAACAAGGAAAAGUGACCCAAGUCUUCCGACACAGGAACUGGGUCAUCCUGGAGGGACUAAACACAGUAAGAUCGUCGUAGUUGUCACAGAGAAAGCAGUGAUGUUUUACUUUUCUUUAAGGACUUAAUCUUUGCUAAACCUUAAUCUCUUUCUGAUAGACACAGUCAGUCAUCUGACCAGGAGUCCAGAGCCAGUAUAUAUUUCUGUUUAGAUAAUGCUCAUUUACUCUCUAGUACACACUUGUAUUCUAAACUCCCCCAUUUUCCUCAAACCCUUACAGUGUAACAUGCUAUGUAUUGUAUUUUUAGCUCCACUAGAUGGAGCCAGAUGCCAGAUGGGUGCUGCAGCUCACUUAGUGCACCAUCAAAAGCCAUUUUUGGAACCUGUUUGGUUUUAACAGUGAGUUAUUGUUUUCUGUCUCAGCAUUACAGGUAUGUUGGAAAAACGAAUAACUACCGUGGAUCCUACAUCGCCAGCGAGGCUCCCAUCCUGGUCCGUGACGUUGCCCUCGUUGACCCCUCAGACAGGUACAGCAAACCUGGCUGCGCUGCAGCUGUCAAUGGCAUGUUAAAAGAGGCAGAAUUUUAUCUGGAAAUAGUCCAGUUAUUUUUCAGCAUUGCUAGUAAGAAAAAAGACGCUCUCCACUCCCAUUCUGCAACAAAUUUUACUUGAAUAUUUGUGAGGCCCUGUGUGAUAUCACUGUGACAUAUGUGUUUUGUAGUUCAUGCACUUUUUUAUCCACGCUACAUUCAUGUUGCAUUCAGAAUGUAAUACCAUAGUUAUUCGUGUUAUUUACUGCAGAUGAGUUGAAAAGAUUCUUAGCUAAUUUGUAAUGUUCUGUUAUUGAUCUUCCAGGAAGCCCACUGAGGUAGACUGGAAAUUCACAGAAGAGGGCGAUAGAGUCCGAGUGUCUCUGAGGACCGGUCGGAUCAUCCCGAAACCUGUCGUGGAGCGACGAGAUGGCAUUGUGCCACAGCAGUGGAAAGGUAAACGUGUGCGCUGGGAUUAGAGGGACAUUCUUUUCAGUCACCAGUUUAUUCUCUGUGUUAGUUAAGAGUCAGCACAUAACUCUGGCUCUCUUUCAUUUUUCCUACUUGUUCAGACUUGUAUUCAGAAAAUGGGUUUCUGAGCUCUGCUGUCUGAUUGAUUUAUUGUAAGGGAAACACAGUUUUUUCUCCCUGAAAAAAAGGAAAUACAUGAGAAACCUCCCAAAUGUUUUAACCUUAUGUUUGGUUCAGAGAGGAUGUGAAUGAUACAAAGGUGUCAUCAAAAAAAGAAAGAUGUUGCUUGAAGUAUAUUCUUGCACAAGUGGGUGAGAAAUUAAGCUUUUGAUUCGGACCAAUCGUCUUGUUUUCUCAGUUUAAGUUUUAGGAAAAAACGGAACAAUCUGAUUGUUUUCUAAAGACAGAUAUGUCACCAAAAAAUAAGAUCAAAUUCCCUAUGCACCUUCUUUUUUAGGCAAUUGUUUUAGAAAUUAUUUUUAAAAAAGCUACGACACAGGUGCCCAUUUCAAUGCAAGCUUGGGUUAUGCUCCACUUUUCAAAUUGUGUAUGUUCUGGCAUGUGACUAGCUUUUAUUUCUGCACUCACAGAUGGUCCCAAAGACACCAGUCCGGAAGACGCUCUAGAAAAGACCCAUGUACCAUCUCUAAAAACACUGGAGGAGGAAGUCAUGGAGAAACUGGGCAUCCAGGAAACCAGGAGGCACCGGAGGUCCUUCUGGUACUGACCAGAGCAAACAGAGACACUGAGGCUGCAUGCUGUCAUAUCAGGUUUUUACAGGGCCUUUGGAGACAUCAUGUUUUGGAUUACAGCAUGUUCAUAAGAGAGUGUGAGUAAGCAACCACAAAGAAGGCUUUGGUAGACUUAAAAGCAUGUACUGCAGCAUACAAAUGUCAGGAAAAACACACAAAAACUUAAAUAGUUCCUGAAUGAGCGCAGCUCCAUUAAUUAUUCCUCUACUUCUUUUUUUUAUUGUUAAUAAAUGUUACAAAUAUGAUGGUUGUUAAUUUAAUUUAUUGCUCUACCUUCCUUCUAAUCACUUGGCUGUGUUAAACACUUGAUUCUGAUUGGUCACAACCACAUAAUGGUUAUAAAUCUAUACAGUGUUCGUGCAAAAACAGGAAAAGUGAGAUCACAAAUGUCAUUAAAUCCAUCUGCAGAACAGAGUCUGGCACAUUUAAAAAGUUUAUUAUUUCACUUUGUUUUCAGUGUUGCAAAGAUGUCAAUGUUCAGGAGUAUCAGUAAAUGUUUCAGAGUCUUGUUUCACCCAGUCAGGAUUCUAUUUUGCUAAAUCAACCACUCACUAUAUGUUAUUCCUCACAUUUCAAUAGAAAGAACUUGAUAUCUUCAAACUGCAGUUUUCAAACUGCAAUAUUUUGUAGUUUUUGCAUUGAGAUGCAAAGGGGUUUUUAUUAACCAAACUUAAACUUUUGAAGCACUUUCCUUAUUUUCUACAUACACCAGAAGGGUAUGUGUAAUCUGAAUCAGCUGUCUUGUGUCGACGCCCAGAGAAUACAUGACUCAGCUGUGCAUCCAAGUCAGUGACGUGUUUUCACCUCUUUCAACGCACUGUUUCAGUUUUAAAACUUUCUUUGUUUUUACUGGCUCUCAUCGACCAUAUUCCCAGCAUCAGCAGUCAGCUUUUCCCAACUGAAGGUCUCUAAUAAAUCUAUCACAUGCUCCUCCUCCAGCAUCUAAUGAUGAAAAUCUAUUGGAGCAUUUAGCUCCUGAAGAAGCUAGUUUCCUUUUAUAGAAGUUCAUGGUAACUUGACCAUAAAUAGAUAAGAUUUAGCUGACAAGCUUUCUGUAUCAUUUUCUGAAUUAUUUUACCUUAAAAUGUUUUUAUUGUAACAAAUAACUUGCAGUUUGGUCAAUCAAAAUAGAGUUUAAUAAGUUUUAGAAAGAGUCAUAAACUAUUUAUAGCGGCAUUUCAGCUGAUAUAAGUGUCUAAUUAUCAUGUCUGUUAGAAACUAGAACUAAUAGAAACUACGUCUAAAUCAAACUGACAAUAGUUCUUGUCUUAGAGGAAAUGCUUUGACGUUUCACUUUGUAAAACACUUCACACACACUGUUCAGUCUGUUCAGAUUGGAAAAUUACUCUGGUUACUGGCAGGGUUAACAAUGGUCAUAAUCAUUUCAGCCUGUUUGGAUUAUUUAUAAGACUUAAAAUAGUCAUAUUAUUUUACAGAAGCCCAGACAUGCUGCUCUCCAAAAUUUAGAGCCUUCAGACAAAUGAGCCUGUCUUUCCUAAGAGUCUGGGAAACAGUGUGGAGAAGGAAACGGCCUGGAAGGAGACUACACAGACUGGAGUUGCAACCCAGCUCUCACUCACCUCAUUUGACUUUUCAUAAAUUGGCAAUGCAUUUAAUCACUGUGAUGUCUAGCAGGUUUUGCACCAGGUCUUAAAAAAAUGACCUAAGCCUCGAAUGUAUGACCAAAGAAGUUCAUCUGUGUUAUAGCACAGCUCAGAAAUACAUAAAGAACGUCUGUUAAUACUUGA